AGAGCCUAUAACCGUACUUAGCGGGGUAUUAAAUAACCGCAGUUUUGAUAUUAUUUCUAUUUCAUAGACAUAAUACUUCUUAUAACACAGUUUCUAAGGGUUGACACGCCGCAAAACGACCCUUCAACGACUUUCGGUCGUCGGCUUGAUCGUCAGUCGACUUCUGUUAGCGAUCACUUACGCCACCAGCAUUAUGCCCGCCCAAACACAACUUUCGGUCGGCUCCCACCGCAACUUCGACAUCAUUGUGGUUGGAGCAGGCAAUGCAGGAUACAGUGCAGCUAUCUCUGCCGCCGAAUCUCUUGGUCCCAACUCCGGCCAUCGCGUCCUGCUGAUUGAUAAAUGUCCCGAAGAAUGGGCUGGUGGCAACUCAUAUUUCACUGCUGGCGCUAUGCGUACCGUUCAUGGGGGACUGAAAGAUGUGUUGCCCAUAAUCAACAAUGUUGACGAUAAGCUGGUAGAAGAGAUUGACUUGGAUCCUUAUACGCGAGAAGACUUCCUGCAUGAUAUGCACCGGGUGACGGAUGGCCGUUUUGACCGGGCUCUCGGCGAGGCUUUGGUUGAUGAAUCCAACGCUACCAUCAAGUGGUUGGCGGGCCAUGGUAUGCGAUAUCAACUCAGCUUCAAUCGUCAAUCAUAUAAGGUCAAUGGGCGCUACAAGUUCUGGGGUGGUAUGUGUCUCAAGACAGAAGACGGAGGCAAAGGCCUGGUGCAGGAUCAUCAGGCUGCAUGCAAGCGCCUUGGAGUUGUGGUGUUACAUUCGACGGCAGCGAAGAAGAUCAACCUAGACCCGCAAACUGGCGCAUUCUCUUCUUUGAUAGUCGAGUCAAAAAAUUGUGGCUGUUUUGAAAUUCGAGCAUCAGCUGUUAUUUUAGCAGCUGGUGGCUUCGAGGCAAACCCGCGGAUGCGCGCGCAGUACCUCGGCCACGGGUGGGAUCUAGCCCACGUUCGUGGCACCCCAUACAAUACUGGCGAGGUACUAGAGAUCGCCAUGCGAGAUAUCUCAGCGAGGCAAGCCGGUCAUUGGUCUGGAUGUCACGCGACUGCUUGGGAUGCUAACUCGCCUCAAAACACAGGAGAUCGCAUAAUAUCUAAUGAAUUCACGAAGUCCGGCUAUCCUCUGGGUAUUACUUUGAACACUCAGGGGGAGCGCUUCUUUGAUGAAGGUAGUGAUCUUCGAAACUACACCUAUGCAAAGUUUGGCAAGGCUAUCUUGGGGCAGCCUGGUGGCACUGCUUUCCAGGUCUGGGAUUCCGAGGGCAUUCUAUGGCUGCGUAGUGAAGAAUAUCGAGAUGAGAUCGUCGAUAAAAUCCACGGCGCUUCAAUCGAAGAGCUUGCAACCAACUGUGCGAAGGCAGGCCUUGAGAACCCCAGUCGAUUUGCGGAAGAAGUAAAAGAAUACAAUGAGGCUGUACAGCUCUUCCAGCAAGAAAACAACGGGAAGAAGUGGGAUCCGGCAGUUAGAGACGGAUUGUCCACGCAGUCGUCACAAAAGAAACUCAAGAUUCCAAAGUCGAACUGGGCUUUGCCGUUGACGAAAGGCCCAUAUAUGGCGGUGCGUGUGAGGUGUGGUGUUACUUUUACGUUUGGAGGACUUGCCGUAGACCCAAAAACCUCUGGCGUAAUAUCCAAUCUGACAGGAAAGACAGUUCCAGGCGUAUUUUGCUGUGGUGAAAUGCUUGGCGGGCUCUUCUAUCAGAACUACCCAGGAGGGAGUGGACUCACCUCGGGCGCCAUCUUUGGGCGAAAGGCAGGUAAAAGUGCUGCUGAUAUUGUACACGCACUAUCCAGCUCAAGAAGGUCACAAGAAACAGCCCUAGCACGUCUGUGAGUAAUGCAUAAUAAGUUAGAGCCCAUAGAAAUAUAUUGACAUUCAAACUA